CUGUGAACCAGCAUCCGACCACGUUUAUCGCAAGCAUCGCAAAUGGCGAACUGAUCAAUGUGCUAUACUCUGUCGGGCCUAUACUUCCGUAUCUCGACUCAGGAUGUCGACUAGACGAUAUACCAAACGGCGACGGCUGAUAACAUCCUGCACGGAAUGCCAUCGUCGGAAGCAGAAGUGCAACCGGAAGCAGCCAUGCAAUAUCUGCACCUCGAGGAAUAUUCCUGAGAAAUGCAAAUAUGGGUAAGGCUGGAAGCAUUGGUUGUUGAACCACCCGAUUCACCCUGGCGAAGCCCUUUGAUGGAUGAUGCACAGACAUUGCAUCCUGCAGGCUCUAAUAUGCAUUCGGAGACGGCCCCAGAACCAGGUAGUCUUGUCGAACAGUUUGGUUAUUCCGCCGUCGACCAAAGCCAUGCAUAUAGUUCACUGUAGAGGUCUCUGCGGCUUGGUCCUGCUGUAUCACUUACAGACGGACCUGUGCCUCGAUCGAUAUUGCAGGUGUACUUCAAAGAGCGCUAUUGCCAGCUGGCGUCCCAACUGCCGCCACAUGCAGUGAUACGAGAGUUGGUCGAUCUGUACUUCUCCGCCGUGGAUUGGUAUACCAUGGCCCUGGACCGUUGUUACAAUGAGGCGUUGCUGGACUCUUGGACCCGAAUCAGCCCGGACGUCUUGAAGCGUCAGAGCCUUCAAGAACUCAGUCGUGAGUUGCAUCACUUUCCAGCACUCCUCUUCCAGUUGCUGGCCGUAGCCUUGCAUUUCCUCCCAUUGGACGCGAAAGCUGCCUUGGCUUUGAGAAUCCACGACUCUGCUAGUCUCGACAGGCUAUCAGAGGAUUACAGCAAAACAGGACUGGAAAUAAUGGCGCUUCUCGGCCGCCAACAACCGACCAUCACCUCGGUCGAACACGACAUCCUGCGUCUCAACUGGUUGAAGAACUGUAGCCGUGGCUCAGAGGCGUGGAAUUCGCUCAACCAUGGCGUGCGCCAAGCGCAACUCCUCGGCCUGCACCUGGAGCCUGAAGUGAAACCCCCGGAAUCGGACGAAAGCGUGGAAAAGUCGCUAUCCCGGCUGUGGUAUGCCGAGUACAAACGUCGCGUGUGGGCCAGGUUAUUCAUUCUGGACGCUUUCAUGUCUCUGAUCCUGGGCCGGCCGAGACUCAUCAACCGCGAAGAUUGUACCGCCGUACCCCCAUUGAAUCGAGACUUCCCCCUGCACCCGUCUAGGACCGUCUUCUUCCCACCAAGCCGAACCGAUAAUGGACCUUCUGAAUCAACUUUCCUAACCUACCUUUAUACCCUGUCCACCAAGAUCCACGACCUCCUCUCCGCCCGGGCCGGCAAUAAGCAAAUAAAGGACUAUAGCAAAGUCGGCGAACUGCAUGACAGCAUCCUCUCUAUCCAGCAAGACCUGCCACGGGCGCUGGCGCCAGAAAACCCAGACAUAUCACCGGAAUUGUACGCGCGGUAUCCGCAUUUCCCCAAGAUACGACAGCAGAUGAUCAGCACGGCCAACUCGUUCCUGAUGAACCUGCACCGGCCCUACGUCGACUCGCAUGCGGCAAGCCGCAGCGCCGCGGUGGAGAGCGCCCUGAAAGUUCUCGAGAGUCAGCAGGCCUUGUUCGACCUGAUGAGUGAGCACCAGUACAAGCUGUACGGAUACUCGUUCUACACCAUUGACGCGGGGAUCUUCCUUGCAUCACUGGCGAUCCAGCGACUACCAGAGUGCCACACGGUCUUCGACCGCGUCAAGUCUGCCCUGAAGAAAGCCAUUGCCCGUCUGGCAGCGUUGGGCACUAGGAUCUCCAUUGCCCGCACGGGAGAGAUGGUUCUCAAGCAAUGUUUACCUCGAAUCCAGUCUCCUCCGACCCAUGUCAAUGGCGCCGCGGCCUCCAUCGCCGUUUCCGCCCCCAGUCCUAGUACUCGAGAUGCAGUCUCUUCUAAUAACAACAACAACUACGACCAGAAUAACGACCUUGCAGACCGUGACUUGUUGACUCCUGGCCCAUCUGUACCGUCUGGUCGGGCUUCGGUUACCAUUCCGUCCACCACCUAUCCUCCCUCUACACACCCUGAACCCCUGGUCAACGACACAGCCGCACCAUCAUUCAACAACGUCCACGAUAAUUUCGCCUCAUUCUCCUUUGAUCUACAAUCUGUUCCUCCGCCCAUCGACGCCGCCGGAUUCACAAACUACUUUGAGACCAUGGCCGGUGGUACUAGUGGUCUAACGUGGCCGAAUGUUCAUCCAAACAACCCUGAUAACACUGCCAUUGCUAACAAUGCCACUUCUGCUGCCGUCGCUGCCGCUGCCGGUCAUUCAGUGGGCGCUGCUAACUUGAAUGGCGCGUCAGAGUCAGAAUACCCGGCGAACGCAGAUCCUAAAGCUUUUGGUCUGGAUAUAAGCGGAGGCGGAGGAGGAGGCGAAAGUGGCAUGGAGUUCUUUUCCUACGGGUUUGACGAGUAUCCGUACUUUUUCUUCACUGCUGGUGGCCAAACUUGAACAGCACCAGAUUAGCGGUACUUACUAGGUAGACAAUGCAGUGGCCGGGAGAGUGCUACCUAUCCCAGCUUCGUCUAUCACCAUACUGGAGCUUGAUCAUCGAAGCAAUUUAAUAUACGUCGCUACUAUAAGUCGAUUCCAACGUGUGACAGUAAUUAUCAUUGCUAUUCACAUUCAUGCUGGAAACGAAACGUCCGGAGGCUGGAACUUUCAACCGUCCAUUACAGGGCCUUCUCUGCCUGCAUCAAUUGAGCCAAUGGCGGUCAUGUCUGCAUCUAUCAACUUAAACCUGACAAAAAGACGUCUCGUGUGCAAACCAAGUAGGAGCUUUGGUGAUUCCGGCUAAAACUACAGUGGUAGGACUCUCUUCAACCAAAAUGGAACAGCGUCUCUCCCUUUUUCGCUUUCUUGCCCUUCUUCUUCGCGCCAGAGCCGUCUCCGCCAUCAAAGUCGCCAUCAGCCCCAGCCCCAGCACCUCCAGCAGUAGAGGCAGAAGCAGCCGAGGCAGCAGCUUGUGCAGGGGUCGGAGUCAAUCCUCCAUUGGCCCAUGCAUUUACCGGCGUGGUAGUUCCCGAGCCGGAUGGAGAGUUACGACUCGAUGAGUUCAGCCAUCGGACGGAUCCGCGGGUAUUGAAUCCGGGCAUCAUGGUGUUUGGUUUCGGUGCGGGAGGCAGAGACGGGAACAAGUCCUCAGUUGGCCGGGGAGGAGGAAGAUUGUUAUUGCGUGUGGAUUGACGGAGGGUUGAUGCGGUCGUCGGUGCAGGCCGUGAGGUUGGAGGUGCAACGCUGACCCUUGUGUUGGUGACUUGUUGUGCGGCGGUAUUGCCCCAUGCCGGUUGUAUUGAUGCACCUGCAGCACCUGUUCUGCGGGAGCCAUUGUUGGCGGCAGAUGAGAGAGCAGGGAACGGGUCGCUAUCCCUACUGCCAGUGCCACUGCUGCCACCGGACAGUGCGUUACCCCAGGAGCCUUGUCUUGAGACCGCCGAGCGAGAAGAUUGCGCCGUACUUUUCUUGAGCGUCAGAACGCGUCUGCCGCUGCCCGAGCCGGUGGUGCCGCUCGAAACACCUGGGAGUGUCCCGCUUGGACCAGGGAGACUGGGGUAAUCCUCGUUGAUGCUGCGCCAGUCAUUCCAAGCCUGUAGCAGGGCUUGACGUUUUCCAUCGUCUUCGUACAGAUCGGACAGUUCGCGAAUCAGCUUGCCCAGUUCUGUACUCGGGCAAUCGAACAGAGAAAAGAACGAGUCAAUUAAUUCAGUCGCUGAGCUGGUGCCGCUCCGGUAUGCAGAAACAUGUGUACGGAACUGUGAGAGCUUGGUCCUGUCGUUCUUUAACAAUGUCGACGCACGGUCGAUAACGGCUUGGUGUCGUAAGGCUCGCGCCUGUUCUUGAGGUGUGGCAUUUGAUAUUGAUGGGCCAGGGGCGUCAGUUCCAAGAUUCAAAUUCUCUACAGGCGGCAGUGAUUGAGGCUGUGUGGAGGGACCUGGUUGAGCGCGUGUGGCGGGAGGAGAUCGUGUUGGUUGUGUGAGCUGCCCUCCAAAGCUCCUGUUGGAUACGGACUGGGAACUCUGGAUCGCCAGCUGUCUCUGGAAGGCCAACUCGGCGCGGCUCAGAGGCUGAGCGCUGGAUGUAGGUAGUGGUUCAGCAUUUGGAUCACGACCUCUCCCACUACCACGGCUUUCUCGGUCGUGAUUCCCUC